CAAACAGACGCGAAUUAGACUGUGUGUUUGACCCGUAACAGGCGCGUACGGGCGUGUUGUGCGUUAGGAAGGUUUGCGCAGCGUUUGUGUUCUGACUCACUCUCGGUGGAUACAAUAAUACUUCACCAACACAACCGAGUACUUCACCAACACAACCCGAGUCUGACGAAAGGAACCGCGAACACACACAUUUGAAACUUUUUUCAUUUUCCUCUUGUUCGACCGGGACCAUCCCAGCCACCCUCUCUGUUCUCUCUCUCUCUCGUUCUCUUUACAAAACACUUGGAGGACGAGCUCUCCAACAACAUAAGCUUUGGAGUUAUUUUUACGCAUUACCGGUGCAACUUUGGAGAGCGCACGGAGAUCUCGCAUGCGCACCAACCGCAAUGUUUUUACGCGACUUUAACAACCGUUCUUCUACUCCAACAGUAAUCCUGGGCUUUCUCCUGGUUCUUUAGCUCCGUAUGGGAAAGACAUGAGCUCUGGAUAUGGGUCUGUGUCUGGGCUCAGAGGUGACGGAGGAAGACAAGAAGUCGAAGAUCCUCAGCGCACAGAUAGACCGAGAUCUGUACGAAUACGCCAAGAGAGAGUUGAACGUGGUGAAGAUACUCAUGCUGGGUGCUGCAGAAAGUGGGAAGAGUACGCUGGUCAAACAGAUGAAGAUUAUUCACAGUCACGGUUUCACCAAGCAGGAGCUGACCAGCUUUAAGCCUGCAGUGUUGGAUAACCUCAUGACCUCUAUGAAGUUUGUCCUGCAUGGAAUGGGCAUCCUUAGAAUCAACCUCUCCAACAUCAAGAACAAGGUCCACGCUCACUCUGUCCUCUCGUGUGGCCGUUGCUUUGAUGAAGACCAGGUGCUGUUCCCGUUCAUAGGCCAUGCCCUCUGCUGUUUGUGGGCAGAUCAGGGGGUGCGGGCUGCUGCAGCACGAGGAUACGAAUACGAACUUAAUGACUCAGCACUAUAUUUUUUUGAGCAUAUCAGUCGGAUCAUCGCCCCUGAAUAUAUGCCAACAGAGACCGAUGUUUUGAGAGUUCGAUUAAGGACCACAGGUGUGAUCGAAACUCAGUUCAAAGUGAAGCACCUAGUCUUCAGAAUGUAUGAUGUUGGGGGCCAGAGGACGGAGAGGAGGAAGUGGAUCAGUUGUUUUGAAGACGUAAGGGCCGUGCUGUUCGUGGUGUCUCUGAGUGGGUACGACAUGACGUUAGUGGAAGAUCCGUCCAUGAAUCGACUCCAGGAGAGCCUCAAGCUGUUCUCAUCAAUCUGCAAUAACAUCUUCUUCAGAAGCACCUCUAUGAUCUUAUUCAUGAACAAGAUUGAUCUUUUCCAAGAGAAGAUUCUCCACUCCGGGAGGCAUUUGCGGCACUACCUUCCCCAGUUCAGAGGAGCAGAUUGCGAUGUGGAUGCGGCCGCCCGGUUCAUCGCCGCCAUGUUUGUGUCCCUCAACGCCACGCCCAAAAAGCUUCUAUACCACCACUUCACCACAGCAACCGACACCUCCAACAUACAGGUUGUUUUCCAGGUCGUCAUGGACACCAUCAUCAAAGAGAACCUGGAGGCUGUUUCUUUGCUUUGAGUUCCAAACAG